UUUGCGUACUUCAGUCGAAUGUGUCGUUCAUUGAGCAUACAUUCAUUUUGGUUUUUGCGCUUAUUUGUGGUUUACUGACUGAGAGUGUAGUGAUUGGGUGGCUGUUUGGUGUAAACGGGAGUUGAAUGCAAGCAACUGUAAUGUGUGAAUUGAGGGUGUAGGAAGAAAGUUAUUUUUAUAAGCGAGACACAGCGAGGGUUUUUUUUUAAACAUAAACAAGUGUUUUCACGUAGAGGACGAGGGAGAGAACGCGUGCUUGGGUGCGAGCGCGUUUUUUUCAUUUUUUUUUUGUUUAUUUUCCGUUGCCUUAUUAUUUCUUCUUCAUUGGUUGCACUUAGUGCCUAACAAAAUCUAAUAAGAUGGCCACACAGUUUCCAAUGGAGGCCGCGGAUCUCUUGGAUUUCACCCAAAAGUUGGACAUUGGUCUGUUGGACCGUGUGGUUGUGAGCAUGUACUCUGGAGGUGGAGAGGCGCAAAGGGUCGCACAGAAAGUCCUGACAACCCUUAAAGAACAUCCAGAUGCAUGGACGCGUGUUGACACCAUUCUAGAAUAUUCUUCUAAUCAACAAACUAAGUACUACGCGCUGCAGAUCCUCGAGCAGGUUAUCAAGACUAGGUGGAAAGUGUUACCCCGCAACCAGUGCGAGGGUAUCAAGAAGUACAUCGUUGCACUGAUAAUCAAGACCAGCUCCGAUCAUCAUACUCUCGAAGCGAACAAAACAUAUUUGAACAAACUGAAUAUGAUUCUGGUACAGGUUCUGAAGAGGGAAUGGCCUAAGAAUUGGGAAACUUUUAUCCCAGAUAUUGUGGGCGCCAGCAAAACCAACGAGUCCCUCUGUCAGAAUAACAUGAUCAUUCUGCAGCUUCUUAGCGAGGAACUGUUUGAUUUCUCCUCGGGUCAGGUUACCCAAGCCAAAGCAAAACACCUCAAGGAUAAUAUGUGCCAGGAGUUCUCGGCAAUUUUCCAUCUAUGCCAGUUCGUCCUAGAGAACUCCCAGAAUCCACCGCUGGUGAAUGUUACACUUGAGACACUACUCAGAUUCUUAAAUUGGAUUCCGCUUGGCUAUAUUUUUGAGACGAAGCUGGUCGAAACAUUGAUCAGCAAGUUCUUGCCGGUGCCUAUGUUCAGGAACGUCACAUUGAAAUGCCUAACCGACAUCGCUGUCCUCAGCGUAAGCAACUAUGAUAGCAUCUUCAUAGAUCUCUUCAAUGAGACAAUGAAGCAACUUGAGAUCAUGUUGCCGCUGCAAACCGAUAUUCGUCAUGCGUAUUCGUGUGGUUCAGACCAGGAGCAGAAUUUCAUCCAGAAUCUCGCGAUGUUCCUUUGCACUUUCCUGAAGGAACAUGGAAACCUGGCUGAAAAGAAUCCAGUUUCACAUCGGAACAGUCUACACUAUCUACUAUUAAUAUCCGAGGUCGAUGAAGUGGAGAUUUUCAAGAUUUGCUUAGAGUAUUGGAAUGCAUUGACAUCGGAAUUAUAUAAGGAUGGCUCUUACAUUCCUGGACCGUCCCUAUACAUCUCUGCAAGGCUCGGAGUGUACAAUGAGGUUUUACAAAAAGUACGAUACAUUAUGAUCUCCAGAAUGGCGAAGCCAGAGGAAGUAUUGGUUGUGGAGAAUGACAAUGGCGAGGUUGUCCGCGAAUUUAUGAAAGACACUGAUGCUAUAAACCUUUAUAGAAACAUGCGUGAGACCCUCGUCUACUUGACGCAUUUGGACGCCGUGGACACCGAAGCCAUAAUGACGGAAAAGUUGCAGAAGCAGGUGAACGGUGCGGAAUGGUCCUGGAAAAAUCUGAACACACUCUGUUGGGCCAUCGGAAGUAUAUCCGGUGCGAUGCAGGAAGAAGACGAGAAGAGAUUUUUGGUAACUGUGAUUAAGGAGCUGCUUGGACUUUGCGAACAGAAGCGUGGAAAAGACAAUAAAGCUAUAAUUGCUUCGAACAUUAUGUACGUUGUUGGCCAGUAUCCGCGCUUCCUUAGGGCUCAUUGGAAGUUCUUGAAGACUGUCGUCAAUAAGUUGUUCGAAUUCAUGCACGAGACCCACGAUGGUGUACAAGACAUGGCCUGCGAUACGUUCAUCAAGAUCGCACAGAAAUGUCGGCGUCAUUUUGUAUCUUUGCAGAGUGGAGAAUCGACGCCCUUCAUUGACGAAAUUUUGACGUCGAUAUCAUCUAUCAUCGGCGAUCUUGAGACUCAGCAGGUUCAUACGUUUUACGAAGCUGUUGGUUACAUGAUUGCGGCACAGGUGGAUUCCACAGUGCAAGAGAAUUUGGUCGAGAAAUACAUGUCGCUACCAAAUCAAGUAUGGGAUGACAUCAUAAGUCAGGCGAGUAAAAAUGUUGAUGUUCUUAAGGAACUUGACAUUGUUAAGCAGUUGGCAAAUAUCCUGAAGACUAAUGUUCGUGCCUGCAAAGCUUUAAAUCAUGCCUAUGUUGUGCAAUUGGGUAGAAUCUACUUGGAUAUGUUGAAUGUCUAUAAAGUGAUGUCCGAAAAUAUAUCGAAUGCAAUCACCUGCAACGGAGUGGUGGUUACCAAGCAGCCUUUGAUUAAGGCAAUGCGAGUGGUGAAGAAGGAAACGCUGAAAUUGAUCGCCGAUUGGAUAAGCACCUCGAACGAUCACAUUAUGGUCAUGCAAAACUUUAUACCGCAUCUCUUGGAUGCAGUACUAUUAGAUUACCAAAGGACAUCGGUGCCUGCAGCUAGGGAACCCGAAGUGCUUAGCGCUAUGGCAACUAUUGUUAAUAAACUAGAGAAUCAUUUAACUUCACAUAUUCCUUCUAUAUUCGAUGCAGUGUUCGAAUGCACUUUGGAUAUGAUUAACAAGGAUUUCGAAGAGUAUCCUGAGCAUAGGACAUAUUUCUUCCUCCUGUUGCAAGCUGUUAACAACCACUGCUUCGCUGCUUUCCUGAGCAUACCACCAGCACAAUUCAAGCUCGUUCUGGACAGUGUAAUCUGGGCAUUCAAGCACACCAUGCGGAACGUUGCCGACACCGGCUUACAGAUCUUGCUGAAGCUUCUGCAGAACAUCGAGUGCAACAAACAGGCCGCGCCCAGCUUCUAUCAGACUUAUCUCACUGACAUACUGCAACACAUCUUCUCAGUGAUGACCGACACUUCGCAUUCCGCCGGUCUAGCCAUGCAUGCUACCAUCCUGGCCUACAUCUUCUCGCUGGUAGAAACUAACAGUCUCCAUUGCCAGUUAGGACCGACGCCCAACAAUGUCAUCUACAUCCAAGAUUUCACCGCGACGCUGCUCAAAUCCGCGUUCCCUCAUCUAACCGAUAACCAGAUCAAGAUCACCGUCCAAGGAAUGUUCAACCUUAACCAGGACGUGUCCGCCUUCAAAGAGCACAUACGUGAUUUCCUCGUCCAGAUUAGGGAGUACACGGGCGAAGACGAUUCCGAUUUGUAUUUGGAAGAGCGCGAGAAGGCGCUGCAGCUGGCGCAAGCGGAGAAACUGAAAGUGCAAAUGUCUGUGCCGGGAAUUUUGAAUCCGCACGAGGUUCCCGAAGAGAUGCAAGACUAGCCCUAAUUUCAAAUACCCAGGGUAACAAGUAUAUUAACGAACUGUAAAUUAGUUUGUUGUUUUUCUUUUUUUAAUUUUUCCCAUUUAAUUACAAUAUAUACAUACAAACAAAACAAACAAAAAAGAGAAAGAAAAUGAAGUUAUGUCUUUCCACUGAAACAUGUUUUCUUGAUGAUUGACAAUUGAAAAUAUUUUGUUACGAAUAGUGUGAUUGUGCUACGAAGAUGAAGAAAAACAAAAAAAAAAAGUAAUGUUUCGUUGUUGUUUCAAUGCUAGACGAGGCACUCUCUGUAAAUGACCUGAAAGCAUCAAAUGCCUUCCUUCGAUCGUAUGUUUGUGAAACACAAUGUAGCUUAUAUCUACAGGGUGUGUCAAUUCUCAUGUAUAUUUAGAAAAGAAGCAAGCUGUGUGUGUCGUUUUUCUUUUGUCGUCUUCUUUUUUUUAUAUAUAUAUAUAAAAUAAUUUAAACGAAAGAACAUGUCUGAGCGAAUCAUCACGUGUACGUGGAAGAGAAAUUGUAAUUUAAGUGAACGAGGAGGAAAAAAAGAGCAAAUAACGAAAGAGAAAUCCCAGUGAGAAAGAUAUAUGGUUCGGAUCUUCAUAUUCAGAACACAUGAUUAUUUUGCAUUUAAUAAUAAUAAUAAUCGAUAACCAAAAUUCUCAAUUAAUUUGUAAAUAAUAAAUUUAAAAAAAAAAUAUAUAUUUAUCACUCUUCUAUGAAACACAUCCAUCCUCCCAUCCCAAACACCAUCCAAACGUGUGUCUCCUUCGACGCCCCCCCCAAUUUCUGUUUAGUUUCUUUCUCUAGACUAA